UAAUAUUAUCGUUAUUAUUAGCAUACAAUGCAAUAAUGAUAUUUCCUUUGGUGUCAACACACAGUGAGACUAUUAAGAACGAAGAAGAAUGUAAAAUAGCGGAUUUAUGUGUUCACGAUAAAGUACCGAUGUGUGGUAUCGAUUCUUGCGGGGAAAUGAGAACGUUCAUAGACACAUGCGACAUGCAUGAAUUUAAUUGUGACAGUAAGAAAGAUUUCAAGCAAAGGCCUAUUCACGAAUGCUGGGUUACUUGUAAAAGAGGACGCUCGUUCAAGAAACCGGAAUUCAGAACUGAUUGUAACUUAAACGUAAAAAAUAGAUUAUAA